GCCGAACACUCAAAAACAUGUGUUCGGUUUGUUUUGAUUGUGUCCAAAAUAAAAUGUAUGUUUUAUCUUCUGCAUUCCAUCAACAUAAUUUAUUCAAUUACAACAUAGCUCAAUAAGUGCUUAUCAUUGUGGAAAGGAAGUUUCUUCAGUUUUCAUGGCAGGAACAGUUGAGCCAGCAGAAGAAGGCGCAACCAACACUAAGCGACCACAAUUCGGCAAUCGUUUUCUCUCGGAAGAUGACGAUGUAUUCCAGCAUAAUGCUUGGUAGGAACAUAUUUAUGAGAACGCGACAUACUUUAAAAUAUUUAAGGCGCUUGUGUGAUUAUGAGUUUACUCGUUUUCGGAAAAAGCCUCGUAUUGGAGAGCGUUUUCUCAAAGACCCGGCUAAGGUUUUUGAUUUCAACACAUGGGAUAAUGUCGAGUGGGACGACGAGCAAGAACAAGCUGCGCUGGAAAGCAUUCGGAAAAACUCUACCGUCAAGGUGAAGGAUGAUGAUGCAUUAAGAUUGGAAACAGAAGCCGAUCUCAAUUGGGAUAAAUUUUAUGGCAUUCAUCAGAAUCGUUUUUUUAAAGAUCGUCACUGGUUGUUCACGGAAUUCCCGGAACUGGCUCCUAGAAACACGAAAGGCGCACCUGAACGGGUCUUCCCUGUGGGAGUGGAUGAAGUUAGUGCGCAAGUAAAGAAUCUUUCUCUGGAACCGACUGACAAGCGAACGAUCUUUGAAAUCGGAUGUGGAGUUGGCAAUACAGUUUUUCCCAUUCUCAAAUACAGUGUAGAAGAAAAUCUUAAAAUCUACGCCAGCGAUUUUUCCAAGCAAGCGAUUCAGAUACUGAAGGAAAGCAAAGAGUUUGACGAGAAGCGGUGCGAAGCCUUUGUGCUCGAUGCUACGGCUGAUGAGUGGAAUGUUCCAUUUGAAGAAAAUAGCGUCGAUAUUGUCGUACUGAUAUUUGUUCUCUCGGCGAUAAAUCCAGAAAAGAUGAAACACGUAGCUAAUCAAAUUUACCGCUACCUCAAACCAGGAGGGCAAUUGCUGCUACGAGACUAUGGCAGAUAUGAUCUUGCCCAGUUACGAUUCAAACCAGGCAAAUGCCUUAAGGAUAAUUUUUAUGUUCGAGGCGAUGGUACACUUGUCUACUUUUUCACACAAGACGACCUUCGUACGUUAUUUCAAAAUGCGGGUCUUAUCGAAGAGCAAAACAUCGCCGACCGAAGGCUGCAAGUCAAUCGAGGGAAGAUGUUGAAAAUGUAUCGAAUUUGGGUGCAGGUGAAAUUUAGGAAACCAUUGAAGAGCGAUAUUAAAAAUGAAUAAAUAUGUACCAAUGACAAUUUUCCAAAUGUUUGUUUUCGAUUUCGAUAUGUAUCAACAAUGAUUUAAAGAUAACAAGUUUGACAGAGUUUCCAAAUUAGGAGUUUCAUUCUUUUGCUGUUGCUUAAUCAAAAAUCGAUAAGUUGUUCACACUAAUAUUAUUAGUUCAAUUAACAAGUGAUUUACAAGAACAAAUUAUAAGGUUCGACUUGUACUUUUUUCCACAACUUCGAGUGGACACGUUAUUUCACUUCAAGUUCCAUUUUUGGGAGGUCCGAUAUUUUUUUUUACAUUUUUUUCAAAAAUUACUUUUUUUCUUAAAUACAUGACUACUGGACCGAUUCUGAUAAUCGAAACAUCGAACUAAAGUCUAUUAGUUAGUCUUUUUUUUUUAAAGUUUGGAAUUAGCCAAAAUUAGGAUUUUGUUAUUGAUUGUAUUUGUUUUUUUAUGGUUUCGACACCGAAUGCACUAUAUUUUCUACCU